AUGUUUAUCCAAUUUGAGAGCUCGCGAGUCAAAGAAGCUGAGCGUGAAGCGAUAAAAAAAACAAGAGAACGAAUUUUACUUGAGGCUGAAGACAGAUUCAAAACGAAAGAGGCACAAGCUGAAAGAGCUAGACAACGUGGUGAUGAUAAAUGGAUGCUUCCUGAAUUAGAUGCUAAGCUAUCAUCUGAAAAAUCUAAGAAGAAAAAGAAAAAAGAAAAGAAAGAAAAAAAGUCUAAGAAGUCCAAAAAGAAGAAGCGAAGACGCAGUAAUUCCAGUUCUAGUAACAGUACAAGUGAAGAAGAAGAAGAAGAAGGUGACCAGUGGGUCGAAAAAGAUGACUCGAAAAAGUCAAACUCUGUAUCAAGCGUCGCAGAUACAAAAAAACUGGAGCGUGAUGAAUGGAUGAAUCUUUCGGGAUCAUUUUUGUGCUCUGCUAGGGAGAAAAAACCCAAGGAAGAUAAAAAAGAGACUAGUAUGAUAGCAGAACCCGGACAGAGUUCUCAAGAAUUAAAUCCGUAUUGGAAAAAUGGCGGCACUGGAGUACCUGAGGAGCAGAAAAAAAGUAAAGCAUUGGGCAUGGAUCCACAAUGGCUAAAAAAGAGCCUACAUAGAGCCCAGGAACAGGCUCGAGAAGAAGGAAAGAGCUUGGAAGAUAUUGCUGCAGAAAGGUGGGGUUCUUUGAACGAAAUUAAGCAGAUGAUCGAGGAAGCUGAGAGAAAUUCUAGACACUCCAACAAAUCGAGGUAUGAGAGUGACAGACAGAGGAAAAUAGAGUGCAAAAGGUCUCAUAGAGAUCGCAGUCGGUCUCGAUCAAGAAGUCGUGAGCGAUAUCGUCGGAGUUAUGAUGAUAAGUACGACAGGGGUCAGAAGAAACUUGCCUUCAAAAAGCCGGAUGACAGUGAUGAUAGGCAAGGUUCUUAUUCGAGUUCCAGACAGUCGGGUUCGUCUAAGAAUUGGCGGAAGCCUGAAGCUAACGAACCUGCAACACAAGAAACUAACUCUAAGGCUCUUAGUUCAGCUGACAGAAAACCUAGUCCUGUUAAUAAUACAAAGUUAAAUUUAAUAGCUUCAAAUGAUUAUCAUAUGACGUUACAAUCAUCAUCGAGUGAUAGUGAAGUUGAAGAUGAAGAAAAAUCCCCGGAGAUUCCAGUGAAAAUUUUAACUGACGACGAGAUGAAUCAACUAGGAGCUAAAUGUAUCAAAGCAGAAAUAAUGGGAGACGUAGAAUUGGCUGCAAAGCUGAAAAAAGAACUGGAACAGGCGCGAGAAGCUCGUAAUAACAAACCCAAGCCUCCUCGUGAAGACUCGAGAAGAGAAGAAAAUGUUAUCCUUACAACUACCAACUCCAGAGGCAUGGCGAGACCGUUGGAGCCUAGGAGCAAGUACCAAGAGCCCCAAGGCGGUAGACGUAAGAACAAAAAAGUAGACUCUCAUGAAGGAGGACAAAGAGUUCGAUACUUUGCCGAUGACGACAAAUACUCGCUUCAAGAUAUGUUUCAACGAGAGAAAGGACUUUCAGCAAACGAUGACGACGCGGCGUUUGUCAAAAUGGCUUCUAAGAGCAUGGACAUGGACGAGCUGUUUGAGGAACGAAUUACUCGUGGUGAAAGCGAUGCGAAGCAGGAUCACCGUGACAAGAUGCGUGCAAUUAAGGAACAUCAGCGAAGGGAGAAGAGUCUGGACAAUUGUCGUCUGUGUGUUGAUUCCAAGGAGAUGCAGAAGCACUUGAUAGUUGCCUUGGGCUCCAAAGUUUAUCUCAGUCUUCCUUGGCAUGUUUCUCUCACUCCAGGGCACUGUGUUAUUGCACCAAUUUACCAUGUUUCAGCACAAACGCUCUUGGACGAGGAUGUCUGGGAAGAGCUGGAAGAAAUUAAAAAGGCUCUUACUAAAAUGUUUACAGAUAACAAUCAAUGCGCUGUAUUUUUUCAAGUAUAUGUUGGACGACAUCGUUAUCCUCAUAUGUAUGUAGAGUGUGUACCUUUGCCGGAAGAAGUUGGUAGCAUGGCGCCGAUGUACUUCAAGAAGGCGUUGCUUGAGUGCGAAAUGGAGUGGUCGACGAACAAAAAAGUCGUUGAUCUCGAUAGAAAAAAUGUUCGACAAGCUAUUCCAAAAGGCUUGCCGUACUUUGCUGUCAACUUUGGCACCCAAGGAGGUUUCGCUCAUGUUAUAGAAGAUGAAAAAUUAUUUCCCAGGAAUUUCGCUCAAGAGAUUAUUGGAGGAAUGCUUGACUUGGACUCUCACUUGUGGAGGAAACCUCGAAAAGAAAAGUUUGACGAGCAAAAGAAAAAAGUCAUGAAAUUCGCUGACCAGUGGAGAAAAUAUGAUUGCACUGGUAAAUCUAAAUAA